AUGAAACUUUUCGGACUCGUUUUCGGCACCGUCGUCUUCGCUCAAAUCGAAGUACUGGAGGACAAUAAUUUCAACACCGCUCGUUGGGGGAAGCAAAUGACCGGGCCAAUGUGCUUCAAGUGCGAAGGCAACUCCUGGAAAGAAUGCAGAGAGCAAGCUUGGGAGCGAGAAGGAGGCCCAGUGUCUUGCCGAGAAGACAAGGUCUGCAGCAUGGUCGAACGACGACGAGGAGGGAAGAUCUACAGAGUAGAGUCGCGGUGCAAACAGGUCGAUGUCUGCCUGAUGGAGCGAUGGCACAAUCUUCGUCCUUGCCCGCAAAUGCCUAGUGCUACCGAAUGCAAUCGAAUGGAGAGAGACCAAAACGGUGCAGAAACAACUUCUGUCUGCCGAAACUGCUUCGAAGCGCCUGAACAUUUCGAUGAGCAGGAAGCUUUCAUGAACAAAAUUGAUGCUGCUGAAGGCGAAAAUGGCCUCCCUCUCAGCGAAUGGAUGAAAGAUUCGGCGAAGUUUGAAGUCAGAACGCUGACUGGAAUUGAGGAUCUUAUCUACGAGGACAACUGUCUUUGCGAUAUCAAGACUCCUCAGGGAUGUCACAAGCCAUUGGAAGUCGUCAUUCUUUACGACGGCUCGGAAUCCAUGGAAGACAAGUUCAAGGAGAAAAUCUUUGAUUUCAUCAAAAACACCAUCAAACUGGUCGACUACAAGCUCAUGCGAGAUCGAUCUCAAGAGCCAAUUACUUUUACUCUCGUCCAAUUCUCCGGCUGCGAUCAGUUGAUCAAGAACUACGAGCCUGGUUACGGCUACUACGAGCACAGGGAGAUGGAAGAGGCAAAAGGAGAUGUUGAAAAGGCGUUUGAGAAGGUAUCCCAGAAUCCCGGAUUCAAGGGGCGACUGGGCAUGGCCGCCCCUGGACAAUUUCAUUGGAAAAUGGGACCGACCUUCAGCUCCAGUGCUCUUUGCGAAAACGCAUACACGCAAUUGGACAGCUUUUUCAACACGGAAGAGUUGCUCAAAGGAUCCUCCAACAUAUUCCUCGCUCUUCAAGACAUCACGACUAAGGAGUUCAAAGAAAGCUCGAGCAAACUGAUGGCCUCCAAGACAAAUACGAAGGACGUCGACAGAGUGCUCAUUGUCAUUACUGACGAUAAAGCAUUUGAUGCUUCCGAAGUUAAAAACUUGCGAGUGAUGGGGCAACCCGAUUUGACAGAUGCUGCUGAUAAGCAACAAGCUGUUUGGAACAUGGUUUACAGUCAGUUCAAAACUGUCUAUCCAGUGAUCUUCAAGACGGCCGACAUCCUCAAGCCUAAUGUCUCGCGAAUGUUCCACGACGCCGGACUCAAAACUGACGCAUUCUACGUUGAUGAAGUGCACUCUGACUUCCACUUUCAGCGAAUUGGAAAGACCAUCCAGACAGCUACUUUCGAAAAAUAA